CUCCUGAGUAAACUGUGCGCAUACAUGAGCUCUGGGCGGAUUAUUUAGCAGCUCUUCCACUUCCCUCUCCCGGGCUACGAGCAACAGGCAUGCUACCAUCAGAGGUGAACUGCUUAAGUCAACUUUAAGUAGCUUUACAGUUGUUUUUUGUCAUUAUGGGUGACUUGGACGCGACCGGGACCCCGACUCUCCGGAGAAGGGCGACGUUUGCAGCGAGGAGAGACGCGAGCCUGCUGCCGAUGAACGGGAGGUCUGCGGCGGCGUUUCAGAGCUCGUUAACCGCUGAUACAGACGGACAAAAUGAGCAGGAGAAACGAGAGCCUUCGCUGGAAACAACGCGGUCUAAAUCAAAAAGCGAGAAAAGGAAACGCAGGAAUGACAUAACAGAGAGACUGAGCUGCCAUAAGACACAGGAGUCCCUCCUGAGUUCAGCCAGUGGUUACAACAACUACAGAGGAAUCCUCAACUGGUGUGUGGUCAUGCUGGUGUUGAGUAACGCUCGGCUCUUCCUAGAAAACCUGUUAAGGUACGGUGUUCUGGUGGACCCCAUUCAGGUGGUUUCCCUCUUUCUGAAUGAUCCCUACAGCUGGCCAGCAGCAUGCCUGGUGAUUGUGUCCAACGUGUUCAUUCUGGUGGCUCUCUACACAGAAAGGCAGCUUUCGAAGGGUUCAUUCACUGAACUUGUGGGACUUCUGGUCCAUUGCAUAAACAUGGCAAUCAUGCUAACAUUCCCCGCUGCAGUGGUCCUGCUGGUCCCCUCCGUGACCCCAGUUGGUGGGGCCUUCGCUCUUGGAAGUUACACCAUCCUCUUCUUAAAGCUUUACUCCUAUAAAGACGUCAACAUGUGGUGCAGAGAGCUGAGCACCGCCAAAGCUAAGAAACUGGCUCGGUCGCUGUCUUGCCCAUCAGCACAGCACCUCAACGGGGGCAAUCGUGAGGUGUGUUACCCUGGCAACCUCACCAUCAGAGACAUGUACUACUUUGUCUUUGCUCCGACUCUGUGCUACGAGCUGAACUUCCCCCGCUCUCCCAGCAUCCGCAUGGGUUUCCUGCUGAGGAGACUGUUUGAGAUGCUGUUUCUCAUCCAGAUGUUAGUUGGUCUCACUCAACAGUGGAUGAUUCCCAUCAUUCAGAGCUCCAUGAAACCACUUGAGGACAUGGAUCUGAGCAGGAUGACUGAGAGACUUCUAAGAUUAGCUGUUCCUAAUCACCUGCUGUGGCUGAUGUUUUUCUACUGGUUCUUCCACUCGUCAAUGAACUUCACCGCGGAGCUGCUGCGCUUUGGAGACAGACAGUUCUACAAGGACUGGUGGAACUCUGAGACGGUGACAUAUUUCUGGCAGAACUGGAACAUCCCCGUACACAAGUGGUGUCUCCGCCACUUCUACAAGCCGCUGCUGAGGAGAGGUUUUAGUAAAAUAGUCAGCCAAUCAGCUGUCUUCUUCUUGUCGGCUUUCUUUCAUGAGUACUUGGUGAGUGUUCCUCUCAGGAUGUUCAGACUUUGGGCCUUCAUGGGAAUGAUGGCACAGCUUCCAUUAGCCUGGUUUGUCAGUCGCUUUCUGCGUGGCGACUAUGGCAACGCUGCGGUGUGGAUCUCACUCAUCAUUGGUCAGCCGUUCGCCGUCCUGAUGUACGUCCACGACUAUUAUGUCCUGCACUACAGGCAGGCGGCUGACUGAUGCACACACACACACACACACACACGCAUAAGCAUACAUAUCUACAGUCUCUGUCACUUUGUUUCACUCUAUUUUUGUCUCUUGUACACACAAACAAACACAAAGGUACUUUUUGCAUCCAGUGCAGGUUAAAGGAUAUCAUACUCUACAUGUCGGGAUGAAGUGAUCACAUCCUGAUCAGAGCAGGUUUACAUAAAACAGCUUUUCUUCCAUAAAAAGAAAAAUAUUUUUUUCCAAGUUUGGAAAGUUAAGAAGAGCUAACAGGGGAAAUCUUUUGAGGUCAUGUAGCAUCUCACUCAGGUGAUUUUUCUGCCAGUGCCUUUUAAAAGGGUUAAUUUGGUAUUUUUCAGCCUGGACACUGUUUUCCUGUGGUGGCAUGUUAUCUAAUGAUUUUCAGUGUCAUGGAUGAUUAUUCAGCUGAUACCAGCAAUGCGGAUGUGGCCUUUGAAUUUGAUGGCUGCCUGUUAUUUGUUUGAGCAGGAGCAUACUAUGUCUCUUAAGUUUUCAGAAUGAGACUUAGACACAAUAACAAACAGAUCAGAUCAAGCGAAAGGCAAAGAAUCACUUCAGACGCGUACUAAAACGAUCUGAGCCUCUCUGUGGAAAAAAUAAACACUUUCAUUGGCCGGACAGUGAUGGAGCACAUAGACAUACAAACAUGGAAAAAUAGGGUCUAGGUUGAAAAAUGUUGAAGUUAAAGUUAAAAAGUUACCCUUUUAAACUUCUGACUGCCAGUUUGUCUAACUGAUAAAGGUUUUUGCUUGUGGUACUGCAGAAACGCACUCUUUUCUUUUUUUUUUUAAACCAGAGAAGCUCUGUGCCUCUUCAGCUGUGCACAUGCACAGUACAAUGACUGUGGCUGAAUUUUAUCAAUUGUCAAGUUGACAACAAGUGCCUUUGUAAAAAUUUGAUAGAGUUUUAUGAUCUACUGUGUUUCCUUUUUGUGAGCCAAAGGGGCCUUAAAGUGUCUGCUCUGAGGGAACAUCAGUGAGAGAUAUGAAUGCAUGCAGGUAGGAUUUUAUUGAUGUACAAUAUUUUUUUUCAAAUGAUGUUUUACUUGUCAGUUAUGAAAAGGCCAGCAUUACUGUUUGUCCGUUUUUUUCUUUUUACCUAAAGUGCCAUUAUAAUAAUACAGCACACAUCCAGUCACGCUAGCAUUUUAUUUGGUAUUGAUUUUAUUUUUACAACAGAAAUAAAGAGAUAUAAACACA